UUAGUAUUCUAGAUAAUAUUUUAAAUAAAAUUGGAUAAUUAUUCUUAUUCGUAAUCGACAAAGUUCAUGUAAGAAAUAUAAAAUAUUUAGUAUUAUUUAAUUAAUAAUUGCUGUGAUAUCAAGAUUAAGUGUAACGUUGCAAGAUGGGGCGCAAAAAGCAUCAUCGAAGCAAAGGAAAUAAUUUAUCGUUGAGGAGAUCGAAAUGCGAUAAUCUCGAUUGCGUUAACAAUGGAGAGAAAGCGAUGGAGGAGAAGGAGAAAGGAAGAAAGGGGGAGAAAGAUGGAAGAAGCGAAGGGGAUAAAUUUUCUAGGAGAGAAAAGAGAGGGGACAUGGAAGAGGCGUCAAACGUCCCGAUCGAUGCACGUUCCCGAUCGAUGAGGGCAUUUUUACGGGAUGAUGAUUCAUCGACGAUUUGGCGGGAAUCGAGCGAGGAUGAAAACGAGGAAGAGGAAGAGAGAGUCGAGUUGAACGUAAGACCGCGAUUCGUAUUCGUAUCGAGCCUUUGCUCGAUAUGUAUGCAGAGAUCGAAAUUAUUUUGCGAGCGUUGCCGAAUGGUAUCUUAUUGCUCGACCGCGCAUCGAGCGCAAGGAUCUACGAAGCAUCGCGAGUUGUGCGAACCAUUGAACGAGAUUCGUUCAUCGAUGGUAUCGAUGCUCUCCGAUAAGUCGGGGAGCGCGCGGCUCGAUCCGGAACAGUAUCGCGUUUAUCGAUUGAAAUUGAUCGCAUCUCUCGAAUCCAAGAUCGGAAGAUGGUUGGAACUUUGGGAGAGAGAGAUUAUCCUAUAUCCGAGAGUUUGUCGGAGUUGUCGUUGUUUCAGCGAGAAAUCGAUUUGUUGCUCUCGUUGCGGAAUGGAAUAUUUUUGCGAGGAACACGGCGAGGAACACGAAAAUUGGUGCGCGCAGUUUCAAAUUUUGCAAAGAGUUUUACUUUUUCAGCAUAGAUACGGUUGGGUCGAUCCGAAAAUUCCCAACGAAUUUCGCCAAAUAUCCGUUACGCGAUCCAAUCUCGAUCUCGACCACUUAUUACUCGAGAUAUACGGUAAUUGCCCGUAUUAUCGAAAGAUGGAUACUUACACGUACUCGACGUUAUCCCAAUUGUGCACGAUUCCAUUGACAGCUCUUUAUUCCGCGCAAACUUGUUGUCCCGAAUGGGAGACUAAAAUGGAAUGGACGAUUCAUCUGGUUGGCGCGGAAUUUCAAUUCGAAGGUAUAAAUUUACGCGUUUGGGAAAAAUUGUUCCUUCAUUUUUUACCAAAUUUAAAGAAGCUCCGUUUGAUCUUGAUCGGCCCGGAAUUACGAUUGCCGAGUGGCGUGCCACCGAGACUCUUAUCCACGGUUCGAUUAUGUAAAAAAUGUACAUCUACCGGUAGAGCCGUUAUCGUUACGUUUAAACCCGAGAUGCUUUAUCACGACGCGGCGGAAUAUCUCGCUGCGCCCGAUCUAAUUUGUAUUUACAAUCCUGGCCUUUACCGAAAGACCGGGUUCGGGGGGAAAGAUAGCUGGUACGAAACGAUACGCGAGUUUUGCAAAGCAUCGGUCCCCGUUACCGUUACCUCUUACACAAAGCACGAAAUCCUAUGGGAGAUAGCUCGUAUAAAUUCCGUCGCGGAUGUACAAAUCGUUUUACAACCGCGUCAAAAUCCAUUUGCAUCGGUGAAACCGGAUCGAAACUUUGUCAGCGACGAUACCGAUCCUCUUAUCUAUAAGAAUUACUAUCUCACCAUUGUAAAAGGUAAAUCGAAUUUAUCGACCAACGAGCACUCGUAGCGUCGAAAGCAUCGAGGCAUCCCUCCUCUGAAAAAUUCUUUAUUUUCAUUCUUUAUUUCGAAUGAAACGUCAUUUCGAUGUGUCGCGAACAUUUCCACACACUCUGUGCGUAAUACGUACGAUUCAAUACGAUUCGAGGAUUCGUACUUCAACUUUGUCCAACGUCGAAAAAACUGAUUGCUACAUCGAUUGCUCUUAUCUAUUUACCGCACCGUGUCGUUGAUUCGACGCUGUCGAAUUUCCUCGAAUUUUUAUAGUAGGCGAGAAUUACUACACGGUAAUAUUUGCAACGUGUGAAAAGACCGAUUAUAAUUACAUAUAAACCAUUCGAAUACAUAUAAUCCAGUUGUUGUUUGGAUAAGAUACAUACAAAUCGCAAGAGCGAAUAUUAAAUUACAAUUAUAGGGAUUAUACAGUUAUUACGAGCUAGUUUGCGUAUACAUAUCUAUAUCACAGACGAAACUGCAUUAAUCGGAUAUAUGUUCCGACUCGAAUGAUGGAACGCUUGUAAACGCAUUAUAUCUAGAUACUUACGCAGCUUAUGCACGUACGUAUACCGAUGCAAAAUAUCAUUAUAUUCGACUAAUAAACUCGAAAUAUAACGUAUAAUAAAUUGUACCUAACAUUAAAAUAUAAUUCGAAAAUUAUCGUGAAAAUUAUGUACAUAUGUAAUUAAGGGUUAAGGUGUAUCGUCCAUCGCGUUUCAGAUCAUAACAUACGAUUAAUUACUUAAUGUACUCGCAUAUCUCUUUGCUUGUGCUUGUUUUUGUACUGUUUUUAAAAUCGAAGAAACAAAAGGGGAUAGACGAAAAAAUAGAAGAAAAAGAAGAAGAAAAAGACGAAAAGCGAAAUAGAAAGACUCGAGCGUAUGUACCGUGUAAUUUAACAUUAUACGUACAAAUACGUAUACGUAGAUAGGUAUAAAUUAUAAUUGAAUAAGUAUGGGAAAGAGGGAUUGGAACAAAGAGAUAUUAUUUGGAUGAGAAAGAAGGAGAAAGGAAACGUUAUGCGAAAUUAUACGAUUAAUGAGAAGAAAAAUAGUAUUGGAGAUGCGAAUUAAUUAUACUAUGUAAGUCCUCGAUGUAUAGAAUCAAUAGCGAUUGACCAGCGUUGAGAGAAGCAGCAACAUCAAGAGAGAUACAAUGGAUGAAUCGGUAUUACGAUUCACCGAGUUGGCCAGUUGGUAGAAGUAACGAUUGUAAACGUUGUCACAAUGGGAAGGCCAGUCUUUGAAGCACGCCGCAUACGCCACUACGUGAGCGAUAUAAUUUUGUUCAAAAGUACCGCGAAUCAAGUGGGAAUACGGACCUAGGAAAAAAUCGAAAUGUUAUCGAUCGAAUGUAUCUCUUCGAAUAGAAUAAAUUGGAAUAUAUACGAAUGAAUAACAGAAGCGAGAAUACCUUUUUGAUGCGUACGUACCACGAAUGCGUGAAAAUUUAUACGCGAAUAUAUGGAUGUAAUUAUACCGUAUCGCUGUAUAUAUCGUAGUAUAUAGAUAAGAAAAAAAAAUAAAAGAGAGGAUAAUAAU